AUGACCACGGCGCCGACAUCUGCUGGCGAAGAAGGCCACGAUGCCGUGAAGGCAGCCUGCGAUGCUAGGGAUGCAAUUGCAGCUGAGCGUGACACACUGCGUCAACAAGUAACGGACCUCGAGCAGCGGAUUAAAGCACUUUCCACCGGUGAGACCAGUGCACCACAUACGGAUAACAGUUUACGAGAAGUGGAAGAUAAAUUGCGUGAAAAGGAAGGAUUACUGCAACAGCUAUCGUCCGAGCUGAACGAAAAGGAAGAAGAAAUCACGUAA